AUCAUCUUAAACAAGGGAUAUCAAUUCUUCUUCCCUUUAUUGGCGCAAAAAUAAAAAGCCCUAGCUCUCACACAGCACAAGUAGAUACACGAAGAGAGCGGAGGAAGAUAAACACAUCAAAUCAAUUUCUGCAACUUCAUAGCUCGCACCAAAGGUUAAAUACUAUGGACGUGGAUGGAAAAAAUACGUCUCAAGAGAAUAUUGAUUCAAAGGGGGCGUUCCGUAAGCUCUCAAAUGAUGCUGUUAACAGGAAAUACAGGCGUCGGACUCCUGUUGGUGGAUCAUCCUCGUCUGAUGGGAGCCCUGCCCGCAAGAGGAGCUCUAGUCCUAUCCCAUCAAGGAAGGAUGAUUGGCGACACAAGGAUGAUUAUAUAGAUAGGGGUUCCAGUAGAAACCGACAAGAUCGAAGUGGUGAAUCUCAAAGGCAGUCUGAUCGACAAUCUUCUAGGAGUUCCCGCAAUUACCACAAGCAAAAUGAUUAUCCCAGACAUGGCAGGCAUACUGAUGAUGAUGACAGAGGAUAUUCAAAGCUAAGCUCUCAUUCUCAUCGUGAUUCAAGAGUGGACAAUUAUGGUAACAACUCCAGGCGUGAUAAUGAUCAUAGAUCAAGAUACUCCCCACGUGACACUGACAAACACUACCGAGAUAGGUAUGGGGAUUUAGGGCAUAGAAGCAAGAAUCAGGAGAGAGAAUCUUCAUCGUUCAAAGAUAAAGAUUUAUCAUUUGAUAGAGUAGGAUCAGGUAGGCGUUCUAAUAACUCUAGCAUUGACGAUAAUAGAUCCAGGGAGAGUGAUAGGUAUAAGGAGUAUAGAGACAGCCGAGAUGAGAAAGGGUACCGUAGGAGCGAUCGUUCACCUGCUUAUGAGGAGUCUAGAAGCAACAAAAAUGAGUCAAAUUCAAGAAAAGAUCCACAGGUUGAUGCUAUGGAGUUGGAUGGUGAGAAAUACACCAAAGAGGAAAGGAAGAACUAUGAGGACCGAGAGAAGAUAUUUGAAGACAGAAAUGUUGCUUCUAGUAAAGGGCGAGUGUCUCCAUCUAAGAAGUCAAAAUUCUCAGGCAUGGAUGAGAGUUCUGCGCAGGGAAAAGAUGCAAAUGCAGCUGAUGGACAACUCUGUUCGAACUCAAAACAAGGUCAAGAUCCAAAUAAUGAAUUGUCUUUGGAGCAGGGCGUGAAAGACUCUGAUAUUGAUGCUGCAAAAAUUGCUGCAAUGAAGGCUGCUGAAUUAGGUAUAUUUCUUCUU